GAAGAUUUCUACGACCCAGAGCGUGGUUCUGGAUACCUGGCAUGGCGGCUGAAGAGCAUUCACAGUAAAACUGCAGAGGAAAGAGGUGCCUCCGCUAGUAGACCUCCCAGAGGAAGUGGUGGACCAAGCCGUGGUCAGCCCAGACCCUUCACUGCUGACCAACUGUUAGCAGAUGAGGAAGAGGAGGCAGCUGUUGCUGUUCUGAGACCCUCUGCUGAUGAAGACUCUGAAGAUCUUCUGUCUCAGAAGAUGGAAGCUACCUUCAUUUACCCUCAUAUAAUGGUCAACCAUGAGAGCAGCAGAUGUCUUCUCAGUCCUCCCACGGUUUCUCCAUACACCAGGACUGGUAAGUCCACAUUCUACAUCUCAAUUAGCUGA